CGCUCCAGCCCACGUAAAGCAGAGAUCCCAUCCAUCGUUGGCUUUUCCGAUCUCUCUCUCUCUUCUCCGUCUUUCUCUCUCUCUCUGCGUCGGAGCGGAAGACGCAGCGUCGUCCCGCAUGGCCGUCCCUUCUAGCUCUCGCCAGAGUCGCCAGAGCGAGGUCUCUCCCUGUGCGCGGAAGGAGAAGAGCCAGAGCCAGAGCCAGAGCCAGAGCAAGAGGAAGGAGGGCGACGGCGGCGGCGGCGACGGGUCGAGCAUUGCCAAGCGCAACAGCAACCCCGGAGUUCGAGUCGUCGGGGGCCGAAUCUACUGCCCUUUUAAUGGCAAGACGUGCCACCAGUGCCGUCAGAAGACGUUGGAUUUCACAGCUGCUUGCAGAAACAUGAAAGGAGACAAGCAGUGUACCAUUAAGUUUUGUCACAAGUGCCUCUUGAACAGAUAUGGAGAGAAAGCGGCAGAUGUGGCAUUUUAUAUUAUUUAG